UUUGAAUUUUUGUCGUCGGUCGACGGAAUCAAUAAUCCAUGCUUAAAAUUAUAAUAGUCAUGCAAUAGUCGUUGGAUCAAGAAUCAAUAUUCAAGAUUCAGCACCGUAUAACGUGAAGUCGUGAAUACGUAAUUCAAAAUUCAGUUAUUCAUCUACUAUGAUUUUGAUAUGGGCGGUAAAUAGUAAUCAUCAGUCAUGACGUUACAAGAGUUCUUACCGGUUACCGGAUAACAUAACAUACUACUACUACAUACUACAAUUAUAGUGAUUCGCUUUCGACAUCUUCACUCCGACGUCCAUCAUUAUAGCAGGUAUACAUAUUUACUAUUUAGUAAUUAGUCGAUAUUUAUAAUUUUUGUCAUAAACGGCAUGAACUCCAACGACAUCGCCGACUUCGAGUAUAGAUUAUAUUUCAUUUAAGGGAUCUAAAAUGAAGAGAUCUAAAGUAAAAAAAAUUAUUCUUACCAACAUUGUCAAAAGUUCUAAAGAUUCCAAACAUUGUUACUUGUGCGAUGCUAUAAAGCGAACGCACGAACAUUACAAUAUAUCAUCAUUACUGAUAACUGUCAGCCAAUGGGAUACUAAAGGAUCAAGUAAAAUAAGAAGUAUUCAGCAAUUUAAGUGUUUUGUAUGCAACUAUAAUUCUAAUUAUUUUAAUAACUGGAAAACACAUAUCAUGUCAAAUGGACACAUGUCUAUGUGCCACACCUUAGACAAAGUAUGUUCAUACUUCUGUGAAGCUUGUAAAACAUUAUUUUAUGGGUCAGAAAUGUGUAUAAGUCAUCAUCAAAAGGAUGCGCAUGAUGGCAACAUUAAUUUGUCUAGUUUAUCAAUAUUAAUGUCUGAACUAAUGAGUUGUUUGGAUAUUUAUUCAAAGCAUGUUUAUUUUUGUGGUAUAUGUAAAAUCGUUUCAGAAACACCAAUUCAUACUUCUGGGAAACAUUUAAAUAAUCAAAAAUUGUAUGAUUGUAAAUAUUGUAACACUACAUUUCUAUGUAACACUGAAGAAUUAGAUUUUCAUGAAGCUAGUGUAGAACAUUUAACAUUUAAAUGUAUUUAUUCAAUAAAAGAAGCUAUAGAAGUAAACAGUUUGAAAAUACAAAAACAAGACAAAGUUACAAAAACUACACAUGAUCUUCAAACAAAACUAAAACCAUUAGAAUUGCCAUUAAUUAUAUUGGACAGAUUUCAGAAAACUUCAAAAUCAAUGGCAAAAUGUAAUUUUUGUAAUGUUCUUAUUCAAUGGAGUACUCAUAGAAUAGUCAAACAUGUAAAUUUAUGCUUGAAUAAAGGAAAUUUGACAUCAGAAAUGCAAGCAAUUUUGAUUACAGCUUAUGAUUGUGGAGCAUGUAGUUUUAAAACAAAUUCUUUCUUUAACUUUAAGCUUCAUGUGAUUUCACCUAUACAUCUCACAAAUUCUCACACAAGUGGUGAUUUCUACUCAUAUUUUUGUACCAUUUGCAACUUAUACAUUUAUGCUUCCAAAAUUCAAAUUAACGAUCAUUUGAAAAGGAAACAUAAAACAAAUAUGACUGAUUUGCCUUUAUUAUCUACAUUUUUAAAAGAUAAUUAUAAUUACAUAAGCAAUCAUCCUAGAUCUGACUUUAUAGACUAUUAUAGUGAUCUGGAUCAACAAUACUGUGAAAAAGAUUUUCAAUGUAAUGUUUGCAAAAUUUCUUUCUGCAUGAGUAAUUAUGAGUAUAACUUACAUGAGAUUUCCAGUGAACAUAUUCUUUUAAAAUAUUUUACUCCAACAAAGCCUUCAUUAGUUAUGAAACAUAGUUAUGGAUAUGAAAAUGUACAAACUACAUCUUCUAUAAAUGCAAACUUAAUUAUAAACAAUGAAGCUUUAAGUAAUAAAUGUUUGUCUUCAACCAAAGCUGAUAAAAGUAAUCCAGAAGAAAUUUCAGUAAAUAAAGGUCAUACUAAUAUUAAAAAAAGACAAUUAGAUAUGAAUACCAUUUCAGAAAACAAUAAAUUGUUCAAAAAUUGUAAUGAAAUCAAAUCACAUUCAGCAAUAUCAUCUACUAAUUCCGAUCACAACAUACAACAAAAUGUAUACAUUGCUGAUGAUGAUGGUGUAAAGAUAGCAGAUUUAAAUUCUACUGCAGAAAUUGAGCAUGCUCAAGAAGCCUUGCAUUAUGUAGAUGUAUCAACAAGUUCUGAUGAUCUGAGGCAGAAGAAUAUAAUGUAUAGUAAACUUAAAAAUACUAAAAUGCAAAACAAUAUUCAGUCUACUGAUACACAGUCCAAUAUUACAAGACAAUACAAGCAACUACACCCAACAGACCCAGAUCAAGCAUACGGACAGUAUGUUAUAGAAAGACUUAAAAAUAUACAUAAUGCAUCUCUUAAAAGUAAUAUAAAAAUAGAAAUAGAUGCUCUAUUUUGUACAUAUACCUAAUUAAUUUAUUAAAUGUGCUAUUAAUUAUAAAUAUUUGUUUAUUAAUAACUUAAUUUCUAUAAAAAUAAAAAAAAUAAUAGAAAAUGGAUCUCUGCUGUAGAAGAUUUUAAGUGUUAAUAUUAAAGGUGCCUAUAACUAGGUUGGCCAAACAUCCCGUGCUUUACGGGAAACAUCCGUGUUUUAUAAAUUUGACAAAAGCCUUGUUACGGACACAAUAACUGUCGUUUUUUAUAAUAUGUCCUAUUUUCAAACUCAUAAAAAAUAUGUAAAGAAAGUUAGUAAUUACAACCGCUUUAUAGACACCAAAGAUGCAUCAACUUCUACCAGUGAUUAACUAUUAUAUUAAUAUCAUUAUAUAAAUACUCAAAAGGUAUUUUUUUUAU